AUGUCUGAAAGUGGAAGAAUCUCACAGACAACGGGAACCAUAACCAUAUACCCUGGCCAAACCACGCGUUACUUGAAGCUAGCCUUGGAUCCUGCCGAUCUUGACUGCUCAUCCAACCCCCAAAGCAUCCUUGUUACGUCUUUCGCCAGCGUUACCGGUCUUUUAUUGGGGUAUGAAUAUGGCAGCAUCAAUGGAAUAGUUCGUUCUAGAGCCUUCAUUGACAUCGUCGAAAGCUCAACAAUCUUGGUCCUUAGAGACGACUAUAUCAGUCUUAUCCUCCCGAUUCUUUUCUGUGGCGCACUACUGGGAUCUGUUGCCGGUGGAUACGGUGCAGAAUCCUUUGGACGCCGCAGGACUGUUAUUGUUGGGUCCGCUAUUUACUCGGUUGGCGUCAUCGUGCAGAUGAUGGUUGGUGUUGGAUCAAGCGAUGCUCUCGGCGCAUUCGUCGCAGGACGUUUUAUUGCUGGAUGUGGAAUGGGAAUCUUGACAACAGGCACAAUAUUGUACAUGUCAGAAUCUUGCCACCACAAGGUUCGGGGAGGCUGUAUCGCUGGUUUCCAGUGGUGCAUCACGAUCGGUUACCUGGCAGCGACAAUCAUUGUCUACGCAAUCGAUGACUACCAUGAACCUGCCGCUUACAGAAUCCUUAUUGGAAUCCAGUUUCUUUGGUCCUGUCUGGUAGUACUAGAAUUCUAUCUCAUGCCGGAGUCACCUCGCUAUCUUGUCCAUAUCGACUCACUGGAUGAAGCUUGCCGAAGCUUGGAGCGAUUACGUGGACUGUCGAUUGAUUCACCGAGCCUUCAGGUUGAACUUUCUGAAGUGGUUUUAGAGAGGCAAAGACCGAAACCGUGGAUCAUUUCGUUCCAGCAAUGGGUAUCGCGUUGGGUAAAGGCCCUCGCUCGGUCCUGCAGUGAGCCUCCUGUUCCUCGAUGGUUUUUAGGCAUUUCGAUGCAUAUGGUCCAUGAAUGGUCAGGAAUCACCUUCAUCUUACUCUCUACGAACAGAUUUCUUGAGUCGUCUGAAUCUAUUCACAACCCACUCCUUAUUACUCUGAUUCUGGCAAUCGUCAAUGUCUGCUCAACGCCUUUAUCUCUCUGGACAGUCGACCACUUUGGCAGACGCUACGUUCUAUUGGUUGGCACCUGCGGUAUGAUUGCAUCGCACUUUAUCAUUGCUAUUGUUGGCGUUACUGUUGGUAUUGAUGAAGGACGUCAUGAGAGUACUGGAUGGAUGCCAAAUAACAGCCGGGCUAUCAACGCACAAAUCGCAAUGAUGGCAAUGUUUGUUUUCUUCUAUGCAUCCAGUUGGGGGCCUACGUCUUGGGUGAUUGUUGGAGAGAUCUUCCACCCGAUGGAUAGGUCUCAUGCAGUUGGCUACGGCAUCGCUGGUCAGUGGUUCUUCAAGCUUAUUAUCACGGCUACGUCCCCGUAUGUCACGGGAAAGAAUCAUGGGCACCAACAGUCCUGUGCCUUCUUCCUGUGGGGUUCUUUAUGUGUCCUGAGUCUUGGCUUUGCCUAUAUAUUUGUCCCUGAAGCGAGGUGCUUGACUCUUGAACAGUCCAAGUUUAUAAGCUAUAAUAUACAUUCAAGGCAGCUACUGUCUAAGGUUUUUAGCUAUAUCUCAAUGAAUCAAAACAGAUGGAUUACAUUCAAACAACAAGGUGACGCUCUCACCAUCCACGUCACUCCACUCCUAGCAGAGAUCUUGGACUGCCAAAAUAAGAAGACUACCCCGACCAUGCUGUUCGUCAUUGGUAGUGUAGCAGACAUGAAUAUGGGGGAAGGUGUAGGGUCACUCCAACUCCCUCCAUUGGAUGAGUAUGGCGUGACUUUGCACUUAUGCCGCGGAACGGAGUUGUCGAGUAAGCGUGCACAAUCGCAAGUGAUUCUUGCACAUGGUCCGAUCAAUCCUAAGCGUAUAGGAUUGGAUAAUCAUAAUAGUGGAGAGAGUAUCGGGUGGCUCAAAGGAUACCAAAAGCCCUACCCACUUGCAUCUGUUUACAGUCGACUACUUAGUCAUUUCUUUGAUGUUGUAUGUAUCAUGCUUUCAAGCUUCCCAUCUGUUGAGCAUUUAACAGAGUAUCUGUCUGUGUGGAUUUUAGCACAUGCAUCAACAAACAGUGAUCCUGGUGUCAAUAUCCUACCACGUCUUGUUGUUGUAGUUGAUGGCGAGGUGGAAGCAGCAGCCAAGUCUGAAAACAACAUUAGACCGAAAUCACCGAAAGAGAUUCAGCAUCAGAUUGAAUCCGGUAUCCUGGAUAAAACAGGAGUUUGUCUCAAUAGGGUGUUUUCUGAGCUCUUUAUAGAGAAUCUCUCGUCGAAAGGAGUAAUGCAAAGGAAACGGCAAUGUCCAACACUCAGGAGCAUACUCUUAAAUCAAUGCUCAGUUUCCAGAAAGCUACGAUUGUCUUAUGAAAGACGCCGUGUUUGA